GUCGCGGCUCGGAGUGUUGGGCGGUGCUAGGGAGCUGGCGCUUGGUGGCUAGAGUGUGAGACGCAAUGCACAAGUUCAGUCUGAGGCCGGGACUGGAGACGAGUGGUUGUAUAGAAAUAACUACGUCCGUGGGAGAGAGAACUGAUUUGACAGGACCUACAACUACAGGAGGAUGAGAACCUUCUGAUCCAAUCGGACCCUAUUCUGACACAAUCAAUGGCGGCCGCUAAAAAGGGGGCGAAGCCUAAAGCGUGCGGGGUUCGUUUUGCCGCAGGAUUCGCUGAAGAGGGGACGCACAACCACGUCCAUUUCGAUGAGCAGCUGCACGAUUCUGUGGUUAUGGUGUCCAAGCAAGAUGAUGGGAAUUUCUUGGUCAAGGUUGGUUUCCUGAAGAUUUUGCAUAAAUAUGAAAUCUCUUUUUCGUUGCCGCCGGAGCAGAGACUGGGGAAGAGCAUCUGCGUGGCCCCUCACCCCACCCUCAACCUGAAAGUGCUGAGCAUAACGUCACAGGCAGAAGGACUGAGCAUUAAGUGUGAAUACACGGCACACAAGGAGGGGGUCCUGAAGGAAGAAAUGAUUCUGACGAGUGAAACCAACAAUAAAGCCGCAAUGAAAGUGGUGGUUCAAGCAAGAGUUCUGGAUCGACACCACGGGACCCCAAUGCUACUGGAAGGAGUGCGAUGUAUCGGCGCUGAGCUGGAGUACGACUCUGAGCAGAGCGACUGGCAUGGAUUCGACUAGAGGAGCUGCGCUAACAGGACAAAGGUUUUCCAUGUCCAACAAGGAAAGUCUGACACAGCCAUAAAGAAAGAUGGGAAUCUCUUACCUUGAUUAGAGGUCCAUCAUCCUGAUACCUUCGGAGAAACAUAGGGGCUUCUGCUGCAUUCUCUAGUGUUUAGCAAUGUGGCAACAUGAGUGGUGGCUGAUGGAGAAGAAAGGGAUCAGGGCACUUGAGUUGGACUUGGGCUGCUCAUCGUCAGCUGGCACUAAUGUAACUCCCGUGUUCUUGUAUUUCGAUUUCGUUAUUGGUUACUUUCUAUCUACUUGCGUAUAACGUACGCGCCUGCUGCAAUGUGUGUAGGGCUGGCUGAGUGUGCGGCUACUGAGUAUUUACUGUUGUACUUUAUUACUCUGAAUAAUACUAUCCGUAUUCCCAAAGAAUGGUGGAGAUGGGGGGGAUGGUUUAGGUACCUGUAAUACAGAUGGUUCAGAAUUGGUCAAUUGCUUUUCUUCCAUGAAUGUAGAACUGACUCUGGUUGCAGUUUCACUCUUUCCUAAGCUGCUAUUGUCUUAACCCUUUUUCAAGGGAAUUCUUAUACACAAUCACUGCCCCAACAAAGUUUAGUGCAUGGGUUGUCUAGUAGGAGAAUGGCCCUUUAAGGUUGCUCAAAUCAUCUGCAAAAAGAAUGUCUACCUGCUUCCAGCCAAUAGAGUGCUGAGCUCAUAGGAUAUAAAUAUAUACAUCAUGUAUACUCUGCUUUGCGUGAGUCUGUAGUACACAAGGUGGGUACAUAUUCCUCUCUUAUAAAGCCUUGCACGAAUCAGAACAAGCGAGUAUAGGAAUAAACAAGCAGACGCUGCUGUCAGUAAUAAUUUCCUUUAUAAGUAACAUGGAAAUGUCUAAUGAAAUUGGAGCGGUGCUUACAAUGACGUGCUAUACAUAGAGCAACGUUUGGGUGCAGUUCCUUUUCUGCAGUGCCUGCUAUCGGCAAAUAUGGCUUCCCAAGGGCUUCUUCCUGGGACGAGUCCAUAAAUCCCCCCCAAGGGUUGAUUGUAGCAAAUAAAUGCACAGAGUCUGAUCAGAGCGGUUAUAAUAGGAAAGAGAGGCGCGGGGAGUUGCAGGAUCAUCUCACUUUGCAGAUAAUUCGCACUCAAUCUGUCGUUCAGAAAGAUAUUUUCAACAGGCGAUGGUGAGGAUGGAUAUGUAUAUAAAAUUGUAGAAAGAACCAGCACUCCGUUUUCCAAAAAAUUCAAUAAUUUACAAUAUCACAGUGUCUCCAACGUUUCGGCCCACUUUGGGGCCUUUAUCAAGGAUAAAGUGCUGUGUGUUGCAUCAAACAUUUAAAUACCCACAAACCCUCCAAAAAAGCGCCCUAAGAUGACGUCAUUACCAAUCAAAUUAUUCAAUUAAACAAUCAGUGUAAAACUUUUAAAAUCAGGUGAAAGACAUAUCAGAUAUAUAUAUAUAUAAUUUUUUUUUUUUAUCAGUAGCUUUUAGCUUAUUACAAGCAAUUGUGUAAAUGUGAAUUGGUCCACUUUGCUCCAUGUAGAAUCUUGCCAAAAUGUUACUGCUGUCAUGGCUAAUCUAAAAUUCCCAUCGACCCCACCGCCUACUAACUGCCUGUUAAGACACAGUUUGUAUAUCUUUCUUUAACUCUGCUGAGCAUUCCCUAAGGAAAGAUGGAGGACAAGACUGUCCUGGUUGGUUCAUCUAUCCUUACCAUGGGAAAGAGAGCAGCCCAGCUCUGCACUUGGGUGUGUAUAUCCGCAAACUAGAGACAUGGAACAGACUGUCACCUAAGUUUAGCCUUUAACACAAAAUAUAUUCUAAUAUACAAGCCAGGGCCCCACUUGUGGACAUAGCGCUGCCACAGAUUUAGUGUGUGUUUGUUGAGUGAUAUAUCUAUCUGCCUUUGAACUUUUUCCUUUGUGAUGUUUGUGUUCUGUAGCUUUGUUCUAUGGGAGGAAAGAUCAAUCAGUUUGUGCUGAUCCGCUGUGUUGCCAUUGGCUGUCACAGGAGCAAAUAAGUCACAACCUGCCCCCCAUCUCACAGGCACCAGGACCCCCAGAUCUCAUUUCCGCUUGUGAUUUAGAAACAAAAAGUCUCAUGUGACAGUGGGUUGACUGGAAAGGGGGGGGCAACUUGUUCCUUUUUAUUAUCACUUGCAGAAAUAAUAACAGUAAUAAAGUGUUAUCUGACAACACAUGAGGGCAUUACAGAGAUCUUGGGCACAAGAGCUUGCCAUCUGGGCAGAAUCAGAAACAGACACCGUGUGUUCUACAAGUGCAGUGCAUUGUCCUUGUGAAUAUAGUGAUUAUAGUGAUAUAUAGUGAUUCCCAGAAAAGGGUUAAACCAAUCCUGUUUCCUUUUUUUUUUUUAUUCCAGCUGCUCAUCCUUAUGCUGGAGUGGGCUCAACGCUGAACGUCUAUAAGACAAGUUAGCCCUUACAAUGACUUUGGGGGCAGCAACAAAGGAAUUGCAUAGCACCCCUCUUUCUCCACCCCCCCCCCUGCAACCAAGGCACAUGUCUCUUAUGCUACAUCUAUUUCUGGUCCUGGUCCAGUUGUACAAUAACAAGAGAUUGUUUUGGAACAAACCUAAAACAAAUGCCCCCUUGUGGCAGAAAGGAGAUUGUCCAUUCUCAGCCAGACAAUGAAUACAUCCAAAGCCAGGAGGACUUGCGUUGCUUCUCCUAUUCUAACAGUAGCUCCCAACAUUAUUUAAAGUGGUGCCACCCAGCUCCAGCCAUCAUUCCAUAUAAUAGAAGUGAGACAUAGAGGGGCUCUGUACGGCUCUUAUUGGAAGUAGUACUGGCACGUGAUUGCUGUAGCCCAAGAGCUGUGCUGUAGGUGCCACCUUGGUUCUUCUCCAAAUACAUACGCCCUGUUCUGGGUGCCUUAAAGCCAACUGAGAUAUUGCACUAAUGCUCUGCCUGUGUAUAUACUGUUAGCACUGAUAACCCAUUAGAAUAUUAACCCUCUAUAGCAUUCCUAGUCGUACUGAGCACUUACAAGCAUAUUCUAUAGUCCAGCAGCCAGUCGCCUGCCACCCGGGCAAAUAAAGGUCAUGUGACUGAUUAGAGGCCACAGUCAUUUUUCUGUUUGUUGAUUUAAUUAAUGUGAGUUAUUACUGGCCUUCUUCUAAAGCCCGUGAGUUGCUCCGGGGACUUGUUCUGUACUGUCACCAAUAAUUACUGGACCUGAGUGUGAACUCACCAGAGAUACUAAGAAACAUCUCUUUCCAUCCCUUCUGGAUCUGUGACUAUAUAUUCAACUCCAGUCCAUUGAGAAACAACCAGCAAGAACAAAUGCCCCCGGAAGAGAAUUGUGGUGCUCACUGGUAUAACAACGGGCUGGUGCAGUUUUCUGCUGAUAGGAGCACUGUCCCGGGGUUUCAGAUAAGUGAAUACAUUCACAUGGGGGUGCCUAACUUUUGGCACCCCAAGUAGUUAACAACUUUCCUUCUCCUUUAAAUAAGUUUCUGUUUCUAAGGGCAGCCACAUACUUGUACAGACCUGUAUAUAGAACUCCGAUAUUUAUUAACAUGUUUCAAGUUUUUGGGGGAAGUAAAAUUGUGGCAAUUGAAAUUAUUCAAAUUAACCACCAAACGAAUGGAUGUUUCGUAAACCUGUUUCAUGAAUAGGCUUUAUUACAUUUCUUAUUGUUUCAUUUGUAGAAGAAGGAGACUGGGCGAGAUGGAGACAGAAGGGCAAGAUGAUGACAGUAGGACAGUUGGAGACUGUGGUGGAAGAUUAAGAAAGCUUAGCGAAAUGGAGACAGAAGGGCAAGAUGGAGACAGUAGGACAAGAUGGAGACCGUGGGUCAAGAUGAUGACAGUAGGACAAGAUGGAGACAGAGGUGAAAGAUUAAGAAAGCGGAGCAAAAUGGAGACAAUAGGACAAGAUGGAGACGGUGGGGUGAGAUGAUGACAGUAGGACAGAUGGAGACAGUGGUGGAAGAUUAAGAAAGCGUAGCAAAAUGGAGACAAUAGGACAAGAUGGAGACGGUGGGGUGAGAUGAUGACAGUAGGACAGAUGGAGACAGUGGUGGAAGAUUUAAAAAACAGAAAAAUGGAGACAGUAGGGAAAGAUUAAGAAAGUGGAGCAAAAUGAAGACAUAAGGGCACAAAUGGAGACAGUAGUACAAGAUGGAGACAGUAGGGCAAGAUUAUGACAGUAGGACAGAUGGAGACAGUGGUGGAAGAUUAAGAAUGCGGAGCAAAACGAGACAGAAGGGCAUGAUGGGGACAGCAGGACAAGAUGGAGACAGUAGGGCAAGAUGAAGACAGUAGGGCAAGAUGGAGACAGUAGGACAAGAUGGAGACAGUAGGGCAAGAUGAUGACAGUAGGACAGCUGAAGACAGAGGUGGAAGAUUAAGAAAGCGGAGCAAAAUGGAAACAGAAGGGCAAGAUAGAGUGGGGAAGACUGAGAAGCAGAGCAGAAUGGAGAUAGUAGGGCAAUAUGAAAACAGUAGAACUAGAUGGUGACAAUAGGGCACAACAGAUGAAAGCAGUACAAGAUGGUCAUCGUACAACAAAAUGACAGAACCACAAGAUGGAGACUGUAGGAUAAGAUGGCAACAAUAAGUCAAGAUGGCAGUAGUAAAGUAUUGUCCAAACUGCAGCCAUUCUGUAAGUCAAUCACAGCUAAAGACUGAGGGCCAUAGGUUAGAUAUCUUUAAAUUACAUAUUUUAUUUACCCUUCGAUUGUGACCCAGUGUUCCAAGAACAUCCAUGGCCUCCAUAUCUCUAAUGUUAGGCCCAGUGUCACCAGUACAGACUGCAGCUCACGAUAAUCCGUUUAUUAUACUCCUAGUCAUACACUGUACAUGGAAACAUUGCCUGUACAUAUAAACACAAUACAACUGUGAUUAGAGAUACAAAAA